CUAACCCUGCGGAGAUUGUUUUCCUCUCACGGGAAGGGUUUUCACUUUGCAGCGAGCGACUGUUUAUUUAACGACACGCGUUAAACUUCGCACUCGCGCGUCUCUGGCGUCUUGCCCUCCAGAACGGACUAUUCGGGGCUCAACUGACAACUUGCAGAGAGUGGUGUGUCAGCCUCUGAGUAUGAGUUCAUAAUGAAACGGCGACUGGAGGAACAGGAAACAGUUUUUGCGUCCCAGCAGCGGCGCCUCCCGAGCGGCUCGGAGACGUUUCAGCAUCGUGUACUGGCGCCGGCACCAACCGUGUAUGAGUCCGUGUCAGAUAACAUGCAGCCCUCUACUGGUGUCCAGUACUCUGUCCCCCAGGGAUACCAGGUUCCAACCGUUGCUCCAUCCAGUGGGGGGCAUGGGCACGCACCGAGCCCAGCUGUCCACGUUGGGUCACACCACCUGGGUCCAGUGGUCCCGUCGCAUGGUUCUGCAGUGAUGUCCACACACGGCCACACAGCCACACCACAGGCAACGCCGGGACAGCAGCAGUACCCAAGGCUUAAGGUGGAAGACGCCCUGUCUUACCUAGACCUGGUCAAGCUACAGUUUGGCAACCAGCCUCAGGUCUACAAUGAUUUCCUGGACAUAAUGAAGGAGUUCAAGUCUCAAAGCAUUGACACUCCUGGGGUCAUUAGCAGAGUCUCACAGCUAUUCAAAGGCCACCCCGACCUGAUCAUGGGUUUCAACACCUUCCUGCCUCCAGGCUACAAGAUCGAGGUUCAGCCCAAUGAUCUGGUCAAUGUGACCACGCCAGGUCAGAUCCACCACAUUACCCCGCAUGGGAUCUCAGUGCAGAACAUUCCCAUCACGGGUGCCAGCACCCUGCACCCAGCCCCACUCCCUGCAAUUGUCACAACAAGUGCCCCGCCAGUCCUGACUCAGCCGGCCCCCUCCAAGAUCAGCAAGCCUCAAGCACUGACACCCAGCAGUCAGAGCAAUCCGUCCAUCCCUGCCUACACCUCUCCUCACUCCCCGCCCGUGCAGCUCCACACGCCGCUGAGUGUGACCCCUACUGGAACAUCCAUUCAAAGCAACCAGCCAGUGGAGUUCAAUCAUGCCAUUAACUAUGUCAACAAGAUCAAGAACCGGUUCCAAGGCCAGCCUGACAUUUACAAAGCCUUCCUGGAGAUCCUACACACGUACCAGAAAGAGCAGCGGAAUGCCAAAGAGGCUGGAGGGAACUAUACCCCAGCGCUGACCGAGCAGGAAGUGUAUGCACAGGUGGCCCAGCUCUUCAAGAACCAGGAGGACCUUCUUUCUGAGUUUGGACAGUUUUUGCCAGAUGCCAACAGUUCAGUGCUCUUAAACAAGACAAAUGCUGAGAAGGCAGAUUCUGUGAGGAAUGAUCAUGGUGCAACUGCCAAGAAACUACAGCUGAACAACAAACAGAGACUCAAUCAGAAUGGCUGCCAGAUACGCCGGCACCCGCCACCGGGAUCCACUCCGCCGGUCAAGAAGAAGCCCAAGUUGCUGGGUCUGAAGGACUCUUCAGCGGCAGAGGCCGGCAGGCAUGGGGCAGCCACGGAGUCGCUCUUCUUUGAGAAGGUAAGAAAAGCCUUGCGAAGUGCAGAAGCCUAUGACAACUUCCUGCGAUGUUUGGUGAUCUUCAACCAGGAGGUGAUCUCUCGGACUGAGCUGGUGCAGCUGGUACUGCCCAUUCUAGGAAAAUUUCCAGAGCUGUUCAGCUGGUUCAAGAACUUCUUGGGGUAUCGGGAAAUGUCCCAAAUGGAAACUUACCCCAAGGAGCGAGCGACUGAGGGCAUUGCAAUGGAGAUUGAUUAUGCCUCUUGUAAGAGGUUGGGUUCCAGUUACAGAGCUCUGCCAAAAAGUUACCAGCAACCCAAGUGCACUGGCAGAACUCCACUUUGCAAAGAGGUGUUGAAUGACACCUGGGUCUCUUUUCCCUCAUGGUCGGAGGACUCAACGUUUGUCAGUUCCAAGAAGACUCAGUAUGAGGAGCACAUCUACAGAUGUGAAGAUGAGCGUUUUGAGCUGGACGUGGUGCUGGAAACUAACCUGGCUACAAUCCGAGUGCUUGAAUCUGUUCAGAGGAAGCUGUCGCGCAUGUCUGCGGAGGAGCAGGCCAAGUUCCGUCUGGACAAUGCACUGGGCGGCUCGUCUGAUGUCGUGCACCGGAAGGCCAUCCAGAGGAUAUAUGGAGACAAAGCUCCUGACAUUAUUGAUGGUCUGAAAAAAAAUCCAGCUGUUUCUGUGCCUAUCGUGCUGAAGAGGCUAAGGACAAAGGAGGAGGAAUGGCGGGAAGCCCAGCGAGGCUUCAAUAAGAUCUGGCGGGAGCAGAAUGAGAAAUAUUACCUCAAGUCGCUCGACCACCAAGGCAUUAAUUUCAAGCAGAACGACACCAAAGUGCUCCGCUCCAAGUCUCUUCUCAACGAAAUCGAAAGUAUCUAUGAUGAAAGACAAGAGCAAGCAUCAGAAGACAACAUAACUCCCCCCUCUGGCCCCCACCUGACUCUUUCGUACGAAGACCGUCAGAUCCUGGUGGAUGCAGCAGCUCUCAUCAUCCACCAUGUGAAACGCCAGACUAGCAUUCAGAAGGAGGACAAAUAUAAGAUCAAGCAGAUCAUCUUUCACUUUGUCCCUGACAUGCUGUUCGCUCAGCGUGGCGAGCUCUCCGACGUGGAAGAGGAGGAGGAGGAAGAGGACGUAGAUCUGGAGGAGGGCUCCUCAAAGAAUCAAAACGGGAUGCCUGGCAGUGGGAGCCCCUCCAAGUCCAAGUUGCUCUUUAGCAAUACAGUUGCCCAAAAGCUACAUGGCUGCGACAAUGCCUACAACCUCUUCUACGUCAACAACAACUGGUACAUCUUCCUGCGUCUGCACCACCUGCUCUGCUCACGACUGUUGCGCCUCUACGGACAGGCAGAGGGGCAGAUCGAGGAGGAGUUGCGGGAAAGAGACUGGGAGAGGGACGUGCUUGGACUCAAGAAGGAUAAGAAUGACAACCCAGCCAUCCAGCUGAGACUGAAGGAGCCCAUGGACAUCGAGGUUGAAGAUUACUACUCGGCCUUCUUGGAGAUGGUUCGAAACCUGCUGGAUGGAAACAUGGAACCUUCGCAGUAUGAGGACUCUUUGAGGGAAAUGUUCACCAUUCACGCCUACACAGCUUUCACCAUGGAUAAGCUCAUCCAGAGCAUUGUCCGGCAGCUUCAGCACAUUGUCAGUGAUGAGAUCUGCGUCCAAGUGACAAACCUCUUCCUGUCAGAAAGUUCAAAUGGUGCCGUUGGCGGAAGCGUGUCUGACCAGUCAUCAAGGAGUUCUGCUGAGGCUGUCUACCAAAGGAAGGCGGAGCAGCUCAUGUCUGAGGAGAACUGCUUCAAGGUUAUGUUUCUGAAGAACAAAGGACCGGUGAGGCUGACUGUGGAGCUGCUGGACACGGAGGACGAGGCUUCUGAUGAGCCCCUGGAAGCAGAGCGGUGGUCAGAUUAUGUCGGGCGCUACCUGAACCCUGAUUCUACGACCCCUGAGCUGAGGGAGCAUCUCGCCCAGAAGCCAGUCUUCCUGCCUCGGAACCUCAGAAGGAUCAGGAAGCACCAGAAAGGCCGGGAGCAACUGGAGAAGGAGGUGUGGGACGGAGGAAAGAAAUCCAUGGAGAAGGAGAAGAUGGAGUGCAUGUUCAAGCUCAAUUCCUAUAAAAUGGUCUACGUUUUCAAGUCUGAGGACUACAUGUACAGACGGACGGCUCUAAUGAGAGCCAACCAGUCUCACGAGCGAGUGAGCACACGCCUGCACAAACGCUUCCAAGCCUGGGUGGAUACAUGGUCAAAGGAGCAUAUCACCAGGGACAUGGCUUCUGAGACCAACAAAUGGCUGAUGGGCGAAGGCAGAGAUGGCCUCUUGUCCUGCAGCACCACGCGCCACGCCGAGGUGCUCCACUUCAUGAAUAUCAACAAGUACCGUGUUAAAUAUGGACCGUCCGUGAAGACGCCGUAGCCGUCCACACCAACCGAAAGAAUGAAGAGACUGUUUUAGAACUUGGGUUAGAGGGCUUUCAUCAGAGCACAUCCUGCUCCUGUGAUGGCAGCAUGAUUGAUUUUACCAGCGUUUUUAGCUGGGCCCACUUCCUUCACAGGGCCUUUUGUGCCAAAAUCAAGGACAACCUGUUCACUUCCCAGCUGCAGUCCUGAACUGGUACCAGCACUCUGAUCCACAGAUGGGGCCGAACAACAUGAGGGGUGCUUUUUUUUGUGCUGCGAUCACCGAGACGCUUAAGUGAAGCUCUUAACUGCCCGUCGUGUCUGAAACCGUCGGUACAAUCUUACAGGGUCUUAUCCAGUCGUGUUGUACUACCAUAACAAACAAUAUGGUGGACAAGUGCACUUAUUCAAGACUGUGUUUUCCUGGAUCAGGCUAGUUCAUGGGGAGCUGGGAAACACUGACCGUAUGUGGGUUGGACAUUCCUUCUUUAAGGCCAAAUUGUAAUCCCAUGUCUCUUGACUAGAUGGAACCAGGCUUUUUUUUUUUUUUUUUUUGACUAUGUUCACAUGGACAGCUGUCCUGAACAAGGUGGUUUUAAUGCAGGAAGCACAGUUUGUUGUCUUCAAUUGUAUUAUUCAUCACAGUAUAAUUCAACCUCAGGUCCCACUAACUAUUUUAUAAAUUCUUCUGAGAGCUACUGAGCAUCAAAACAAAAGUCUUGCAUCACGUUGGAAGCCCUCGUCAGUCUUAUUUGUGAUACCCCGAUGAGCUCCACACAUGAAACAAAAGUUUAGGCAAAACGUUCAUCUUUUACUUCUUUUUUGAACCACAAAACGUGCUUGUUGGUGGAGCACAUGCCACCAUCGUAUGAAUAGUUUCACCUGGUCUUUCAUUCGUGUUAACUCCACUGCAUCUUCCGCAGAUUGUCUUUGUCCCAUUUACACAACGAAGAAGCUCCACUCACAUUUCGUGUAGACCUUCCAUCCCCUGUGGGAUAAACCUCGCGGAUUGCUUUCCAUGUGAACGUAGUCGGUGUUAGAAACUGUGACUGUGUGUCAAACAGUAUUGUUGGAUUACAGUUAAUUAGCAAUUUAUUUAAACAGUAAAUAAUGAUACAAAUUUUGGCCACACAGUUUGGCCUUGGCCGGUGCAGCUCAGCAACGCCAGCUCUGGCAGUGUAGGUUUUGUGUAUGUUUACACAAGAGUUUACCUGCUGUUGCUAAUGUACCAGCUCAAACACGCAGCACUCGACUCAUCCUGGGACGACUGUAUACAAACUCAUUUGUAAAUACCCUGUACAUAGUCUCAGACUUUUUAUGAUGGCUCUGUAAUGUGCUAGUAACACUUUCCAAGCUUACUGUGGACUUGAGUAAGUAAAGUAAAUGUGUACAUGAACAAAACGAAUGCAGGACCAUUUAUUACCGAAUUUACCAAAGGGAGUUGAUAGAGCAAAAUAGUUUCCCUGCCUUUUCUGUUCUUUUUAUGUCUUUUCUUUUCCAUUUCUGUAGUAAAGCACAUGCAAAUGUAAAACUAUAUCCAGUUUUAUUCUGUUCAUUUUGCAAACACUCUGAAAGUCCCACUUUGUUUCUGAAUAUCUGCGCGAGACUGUCCCUGGUUCACUGUCCAACGACGCACACCGUUGCUGCACAAACCACGUUUUUAGUGGAAGCAGAUUGACGUGCCUUCAGUCCCGACUUUAAGAUAUAUUAUUUAUACAUGUAUAAUAAAAACAUAGAUGG